UUGGCGGGUGCGGGUACUGUGUGUUACCAGUUUACCCCGUGCGAAACCCUAGUAACACAACGAUUCAGACGUAAAUAUCACCAACUAGGUGACAUCAUGCUCAAGUCAUCCUCUCCUAUGAAGAUACGAUCUUUCAACAACCACCAUCUCAGCUAAGAAACAGUUCCAAAGAUGCAUCCGACCCUUAAUUUCCGCCAGCAGGGAGAUAUGUCCCAGCGAUAUUGGCAUAACCAGCCGCCACGGAACAGAUUUUUCAUCAUGACCGCAGCUCUCCUUGCUGGGACAGGGCUUGCGUAUUAUUGGGGCUAUCGGGGUGUGGAUCGCAGGCACAGUGUCGACAAAAUAUCUGACAAGAAGUAGUCAGGAUGUCAUGGGAAUGAGGAAUGUUUUACUGGUCCCCCCUCGUCCAAUGAAAGUUUAUUAAUUUGUACCCGUCUAACCUACUUUUAUUUGAUACAUGAUGUCUCUAUACGACACCUAUUGCCGGGUAUUACCGUCAGUAGGGUAACAAGCCCAAUAUUAGGAAGUCACAACUC